UCCACCCAAAACUUGGAACCAAGUGUGCUCACCGCAGCUGGGUGUGCGGGCAACCACGGAUGAGACUCGCUCGACGGAAUCGCCGUCCCUGUUGAAUAGCAUUGCACCCUCCGGGUCCCCGUCUGAAAUGAUCAAUUCAGAUUACGGUGACCAUCUGCCUCCUGACAAAUCUCCUUCCAUCGGCGGUGAGGAUUUGGCACAGCCGGGCUCAGAUUAUGAUAACGUGACACAGUCAGACGAAGAAGCGAAAUUACCAAAGGAAAUGGAAACCGCAUCAGACGAGUGA